AUGGAUCUUCUAUCUGUCCUACCUGGCUUCGCGACAAAACCCUAUGCACAUAUAUUGCCUCCAUUAGAGCGCAGCAAAAUCACCACCGUCGAUCUAAUCACCCUCGACACGCUCGAGAUCGCGAAACGCGCCCAUGUACCCCCCGCAGACGUCCGGCGGCUGUGUGUCGGGAUUGUCGAGGCACUUCACGCCGACCUGGGCUUCGAGAAGACACAGACAAACAUAAAUACCGGCGACAGUGAACUGAGCUCCAGUAUUAAUCCGGAGACCGAGACGACUGCCCUUGGGCCCGCGACGAAGUUGCAGACGUCAUGGAAUUCGAUCAGCACCUUGGACCCCACCAUGGAUGCGCUCUUAGGAGGUGGAAUUCCAACGGGAUACGUGACGGAGAUAACAGGCGAGAGCGGCAGUGGCAAGACUCAAUUCCUGCUUAGCCUUCUUCUCGCCGUCCAGCUACCCAAACCACACGGGCUCCAGAAAAACGCGAUUUACAUCUCAACGGAGCACCCAUUAGCCACGAAUCGUCUCGAACAAUUAAUAGAAUGUCAUCCCUAUCUCGCAUCCCUCCCCGCAGACCAAGCACCAACCCUCCAGAACGUUCUAUCCAUCAACGCAAUGGAUUUGGAAACACAAGACCACAUCCUCAAUUACCAGCUCCCAGUCGCAAUUGAAAGAUAUAACGUCGGGCUCGUGAUAAUGGACUCAAUUACAUCCAACUACCGCGCCGAACACACAAAUCACAGCAUGCUCGCCCUUUCCGCGCGAUCCACCGAGCUCGCAAAACUAGGCCAGAUGCUCCGUAAUCUCGCCGUGAAAGAAAACAUAGCCAUCAUCGUUGCAAACCAGGUCUCAGAUCGAUUUGAACCGAUUGAAAUCAUCAACAAUGAUAUGCCGUCUCGAUCGGGGUUCCCAAGUACACAGGGUCAGGGUUUAUCGAUGCGUGAAUCAGGCACUGCUUCUCCGCUGCACCGAAAUAGACCAGAUCUAUUACCAUCGACGCAGCAGUCUCCGUAUGAUGCUCCGUCUUCUUCAUCACCUGCCUCAUCGCAGUUUCCAAUGCCAGACGAUGACCAAUUCGAUGGCUCAUAUAUCAUCGGCAAUGCAGCUCGAAAUGAUCUGAUGAGUCUCCUGCAUCAAGAACGAUUUUUCACUGGAUGGGGAGAUAGUGUAUAUCGGACAUCAUCGCUGAAGACGCCAGCAUUGGGAUUCUUUUGGUCAACGCAGAUUGCUUGUCGUAUUGCGUUGAAGAAGCGGACUCACUCGAUGUUUGUCCCGUGGGAUGGUGCUUUUCCUUUAUCUACGCCUUCAGAGCAAACGGCGAAUCAAGAGAUAAAGGGCUCUGAGAGUAAACCUGGAUUUGCGUCUGCUAGGGAGACACAUACCGGGGAACCUAAGUCUGAGUCUACGACUUCUGAUGAGAAAGAUACCGGUGGGAAGUCCCCUGUAGAGGUGUCAUUGGAACAAGAACUUCAACUGGCAAGGUCACCUCCCCCUCCAGAGACUAGGACUAUUACCAAACGGAUAAUGAAGGUGGUCUUUGCUCCGUGGACUGCGGGACCAGAGAAAUCCCAGGAAGAUGAAGCUGAUGGGAAAUCAAGGUCCAUGAAAAGACGGGUGGAUGAGGCAGAGUUUGAAAUUUGGAAGGGAGGGUUACGAAGUAUAGAAUCCGAUGAUUGA